AUGAAGAAGGGGUUGGUGGUGUACAAGCUAUACAGAGCCCUGAGCUAUGGCUUCUCACCGUUAGUCCACCUUCACCUGCGGUGGCGCAGGUUCCUCGGCCUGGAGCACCCGCUCCGGUGGCCGGAACGCCUUGGCCACCCUUCUCAGGCUCGGCGACCGGGCCCACUCCUCUGGUUCCACGCCGUUUCCUUGGGCGAAGGAAUGAUCGCCAUUCCCGUCAUCAAACACUGCAUUCGCAGAAUGCCUCACUUAAACGUGCUCAUGACCGUCACCACUAUGUCUGCUUUGGAAGCUAUUGCAGAGAACUGUUGCCUUGCCCAUGCUGAGUCAUUUGAUACAACUUACAAGGAUGGUGCAAUAUUUUCACCUGUUGACACCCCUACUUCCAUCCAUUCUUUCCUUGAAUACUGGAAACCAAAUGCUAUUGUGCUAAUGGAAAGUGAACUCUGGCCAAAUCUUAUCAUGGAUGCUUCCAGAAAUGGUAUAACACUGGCACUUUUAAAUGCUCGGAUGUCUGAGAAGUCCUUUAAAUAUUGGUCAGGACUAGUGCUUCUACCAUUAAUUUCAUUGAUGCUAUCAAAGUUUUCGUUGAUUGUCCCAUUGAGUACAGAGCAGGGUAUCCGGUUUCAGCUACUGCAAGCCCCUCCCUAUAUCAUUAACUUUUCUGGUGAUUUAAAAUAUGUAAUAGAAGAUUUUGGGGUCAAUGAAAGAGGCAGAAGAAAUAUAGAAAAUCUGAGGAUACAGCUUACUCAAAAGCAGGUUUGGAUGGCUUCUUCGAUUCAUAGGGGAGAAGAAGAAAUAAUAUUAGGUGUUCACUUUGCCCUUAUGCAGCAACAACCUAACAUAAUGACUAUUAUCGUCCCUCGGCAUCUACAGCAAGGAAGAGAGAUUGCCAGAGUAAGCUUUUUGUCCUAUAUCCUUUGGAAACAUGUUGUGGUUUCCGCGGUUAUCUCCCAUAGGAAGAAUUCGCACUCAAUGCAGUCUAAUACUAAAUUGGAGAAAGAAGGACAAAAUGUACUUUUGAGGUCUCAAUAUGAGAAGUUCAAGCCCGGAACUAACAUUUAUGUGGUGGACACUUUGGGUGAAUUAAGACAAUUAUACACAUUAACACCAAUAGCUGUGAUUGGGGGUUCAUUACUUCCUGGUUUAACUGGCCAUAAUAUCUCAGAAGCUGCUGCAGCUGGAUGUGCUGUUCUGACAGGUUGUCACGUUGGGCAUUUCUCCCACAUGGUACUGGAAAUGCAACGAUCAAAUCCUUUGUCAGUUCUUCAGGUCUCUGGUAAACUGGAGCUUGAGAAAGCUCUCCUUGAGCUCUUCACCGAUGCAACGCUUCUGGACGCACGCCGAAGAGCCUCUAAGGAAGUGUUUUCCAGUUUAUCCUGUUGCAUUGUUGAGAAUCUUGAAGAGUGUGAUUGCCACAUGCUUCAUUUAUUCAAGAGUAGUGAUGUAAACAUUUACUUUGGCAAGUCUGUGUGCUUCAGAACGUCGAGUUUGUUGGCUCACACUAACAACAUUAGGCCCCCGGUAGGCUCUUAUAGGUUUGCAGGUGGGUUUGAAUUUUUGUUGACUCGAACUACAAAUUUGCUAUUGCCAUAG